AGGAUUGCCCUCAGUCAGAAAUCUUGAAGUGCAGCUUUGCUGGGUGGGUCUUUGAAGAAUUUGAAAGAGUUCUGGAGAUAGGGCGUGUUUGCCUUGACAAAGUAGUGAGCGUAAUACUUCUUCCCUGCUAAUGUGCUUACGUUCUGUUCGACUGCAACAUCAUAAAGCAUGGCACACAUAUUAAAGACGCUCAACAGCUGGUUCUGGUGGGAGAAUAUCUGGAUGCCUGCCAAUGUCUCAUGGGCACAUUUUGUAGACCGUGAUGGCCUUGUCUUUCCAAAACCACAUCAGUUAUAUGCCACAAUACCAUAUGCUUUUGUGUUGCUGAUUAUUCGAUUCUUCAGUGAAAGAUAUAUUGCUAUACCUCUAGCAAAAGCAUUAGGUAUAAAGAAUGUAAGACGUGUGAAGCCACAGCCUAAUCCUGUUCUAGAGAGUUAUUUCCGGGAAUGCACGAAACAUCCAUCCCAAUCAGAAAUUCAAGGUCUGGCCAAGAAGUGUAACUGUACAGUCCGUUUGGUGGAAAAGUGGUUCAGGAGACGGCGAAACCUUGAGAUCCCAACAGUGCUUCGGAAAUUCCAGGAGGCUUUCUGGCGAUUUUCAUUUUAUUUUGCAUCAUCCAUUGCUGGACUUAUAUUUCUAUAUGAUAAACCUUGGUUUUACGACAUAUGGCAGGCGUGGGUUGGCUACCCGUUUCAGACUUUGCUGCCAUCCCAGUAUUGGUACUAUAUGGCUGAGAUUAGUUUUUACUGGUCUCUCUUAUUCACGCUUGGGAUCGACAACAAAAGGAAGGAUUUUCUGGCUCACGUUGUUCAUCACUUGGCAGCCAUCGGGUUGAUGAGCAGCUCUUGGUGCGGCAAUUACGUGCGUCUUGGAACACUGGUGAUGUUUGUGCAUGAUACUGCAGAUUUCUGGCUUGAGGCAGCCAAAAUGUUUAAUUAUGCUCACUGGGAGAAAACCUGCAAUAUGCUCUUUAUCAUCUUUGCUAUCACAUUCUUCAUCACAAGAAUCAUCCUGUUUCCCUUCUGGAUUCUUCGUGCCACAUUGUAUCAGCCUACAUACUAUUCCAGGACUCCUGUCAUAGCUUAUUUUUUAUUCAACGGGCAGCUAUUGAUCCUUCAAGGCUUGCAUUUAUAUUGGGGUUACUUAAUUUUCAAGAUUUUGAGAAGGUUCAUUUUCCUAAAGGACUUGAAAGAUGACCGGAGUGAUGAAGAGGAAGAAGAUUCACUUACAGAUAAUGAAGAGGAGUCCACAAAGAAUGGCAACAAGAAUGGCUGUGGGUCGAGCAAGCAUCCUCUCCUAAACAGCAGUCACCACUAGCCCCUUCCUGUCUCACCUCCUGCAGUGGUGUCUGGUCUGUUUUCAAACCAACCUACAGGAUAAAACUUAAGUCAAAAGGCUUAUGAGAGACUGUGAUUGAUUUAUUGUUGGCUACUGGAUCUGGAAAAAAGCCCAGUUUAGAGGGGAGGGAAAAAUUGCAUAACAUGACAAAAUGUGUUAAUCACCUAGUUUCUGAACCAUUUCUCCGUGUUUGGAAAACCUACCUGGAACAUGCUGAUCAUUCCACUCUUACAGUGCUCAGCAAGGUCAAAGCUCAGGAGUGUCAGAUCAUUUAGUGUCCCAUUGAUUCUAACAUAGUUUUUCAAUCUAAGCUGUAUUUUACCAAGCAAUUUCAUUCACAGUUGUUUUAAGUAGUAAGUAGUGUGAACUCCAUUAAGAACCAGAAUUAUUCUACAUGGGAAAAAUUUCACGGUGGUCAAAAACUAGUAUUUUAGUAUUUACUUUUUAGUUUACAUCCUCAUCAAAAAGACUAUUUAUGUGAGAUGGUUCUCUUUCCUUGGAGGCCAGUGGAAGCUAACAUGAAAGAAGUGAGGCUAUUUGCCGAUGAAGAGUUUGCUUCACUGUGUAAGUAUAGAGCCUUUCUUCAAAAUAUACUGUAUGACAUAGUUCAAAUAUUGUAUUUUGAGAUUUACCAGUCAAGAAGGUGACUUGUAAAAUAGCAAAACUCAAUCUCAACUCUCAGUUGAGCUCUAGGUUCCACAAAUGUCUUUAGUCUCUGUUAUUUUAGCUCUUAACUCUGGUGCUUGAA